UCGGAAGCUAGGGGUCAGCCAGGCAUCCGUCUUCACGCUUCUGAUGAAGACAUGCCACUGAGGGACCUGCGGCGACUGUGGGGAUCUCGGAAGCAGAGUGCGGUACCAGCGGACAGUGGCGGGGAAGAAGGCAGUGGUGGCACCGACUCGGACACCAAAGGUCCGCUUUGCUCGCUGCCCCUACUGCAGGUCUGGCCCAGCCAAGAUUCCCCGCGAGGCGAGGCCGAUGGCCAGAGCUUCGUGUUCCCCGGAGAGGAGUCCACCACCCACCAGCACGACUCCGGCAUCGAAUCUGUCCAGCGUCCGCUCAAAAGUGUGAGGGUACAUCGAGAGGGGGGUGCUUAUCCUGUGGCCGUACAGGGGGUGGUCCUGAGUUAG